AAGCCGUGGCCUCAGAGUCCGGUCCUCCCGCCCCGGGCAGCGGCCUCCCCGGUAUCCGCCUCCAUCUGGAGUCCGGGACCAGCACCGGCCCAGGGUCAGCAUGGCGGGAGCUGGUGGAGGCAAUGAUAUUCAGUGGUGUUUUUCUCAGGUGAAAGGAGCUGUGGAAGAUGAUGUGUCAGAGGCUGAUAUAAUCUCUACGGUAGAAUUUAAUCAUUCUGGAGAGUUGCUGGCCACAGGAGAUAAAGGUGGACGAGUAGUUAUCUUCCAGCAAGAGAGUAAGAGUCCAUAUCAUAGGGGGGAGUAUAGCGUUUACAGCACUUUUCAGAGUCACGAGCCAGAAUUCGAUUACUUGAAGAGUUUAGAAAUUGAAGAGAAGAUCAACAAAAUUCGAUGGCUACCCCAGAAAAAUGCGGCACAGUUCUUGUUGUCUACAAAUGAUAAAACAAUAAAGCUAUGGAAAAUCAGUGAACGUGACAAGAGACCCGAAGGUUACAAUCUGAAGGAAGAGAAUGGGAGGUAUAGGGAUCCAACCACUGUGACCACUCUCAGGGUGCCAGUUUUCCGCCCCAUGGACCUGAUGGUUGAAGCAAGUCCUCGAAGGAUAUUCGCCAAUGCACAUACAUAUCACAUUAACUCCAUCUCUGUGAACAGUGACUAUGAGACUUAUCUAUCAGCAGAUGACCUGCGUGUCAACCUGUGGCAUUUGGAGAUAACAGACAGGAGCUUUAACAUCGUAGAUAUUAAACCUGCUAACAUGGAGGAGCUGACAGAGGUGAUAACAGCAGCUGAGUUUCACCCACAUCACUGCAACACUUUUGUAUACAGCAGUAGCAAAGGCACCAUCCGUCUGUGUGAUAUGAGGGAGUCUGCUCUAUGUGAUCGCCACUCUAAGUUGUUUGAAGAACCUGAAGAUCCCAGUAACAGGUCAUUCUUUUCAGAGAUAAUCUCUUCUAUAUCUGAUGUGAAAUUCAGUCACAAUGGCAGGUACAUGAUGACCAGGGACUACCUGUCUGUCAAGAUAUGGGAUUUAAACAUGGAAAGCAGACCAGUGGAAACCUAUCAGGUACAUGAAUACCUCAGGAGUAAGCUAUGCUCCUUAUAUGAAAAUGACUGCAUCUUUGACAAGUUUGAGUGCUGCUGGAAUGGGCCUGACAAUGUGGUUAUGACUGGCUCAUACAAUAAUUUUUUCCGGAUGUUCGACCGCAACACCAAACGCGAUAUCACUCUGGAAGCAUCACGGGAAAACAGCAAGCCCCGUAUGGUGCUGAAACCUCGCAAGGUCUGUGCGAGUGGCAAGCGAAAGAAGGAUGAAAUUACAGUAGACAGUCUGGACUUCAACAAGAAGAUCCUGCACACAGCCUGGCAUCCCAAGGAGAACAUCAUCGCAGUGGCAACCACCAAUAACCUGUAUAUAUUCCAGGACCGUGUCAAUUAGCCCUGGCCUUUUACUGCAGGACAGUCCCUAUUUCCAUCUAGUUCCAAUAGUCGAGCCUAGAAUUCGUACCCUGUUCCAAAACUGAAGAAAACUUACGACAGUGCGGGAACUUUUGCCAGUCCCUCCUAGUCUGACUUUUUCCAGUGUUUAAGGUGCCAUCAAAUAUCCUUUCCCUUUUUUUUUUUUUUUUUUAUAGCUGCGCAGGGUAAACCCCUGCUCCUGCCGUUUUAUCACCCAGUUAAGGGAACGGUUAGGUUUACUGUACUUUUCUUUUGUUGUUUUUUUUUGUUUUGUUUUUUACCAUCUCGCCUGAUGUGUAGAUUUAAUUUGUCUUUUUCUGUUAAUUUUUUUUAUUUUGUGAUGUCAGUUGCAGUACCAGUCUUCUCACUAUAUAGUAUUUUAUUUUUUACUUUUUAGGCUGGAAAGUGGUGGGGAACCUUAAAAUACCUUUAUGGGUUUAAUAAUGUAUAACCUUGUGACUCCUACCCCCUCUUCCCCCAAAGUUUGUUCAUUCUUUUCUUGUUCAUUUUU